CUACUACAUAAUAUCCCCAGCUGGUGACGCCGGUGCUGUUAUGGAAAAAAACCUGGUGCCAUUCGCCAAGGACACAUCGGAGGGAAAUGGAAAAGUGAUAAUCACCCAUAAGUACCUCAGCGGGAAUUACACUGAUCUAAUCAUCUCUGUGUAUUCUGGGGACAACGCUACUGCCAUGUCAUUCCCUUUCACGUCGCCGAAUAUGUCAUACACACAUAUUUACAAAGCCAAGGGUAACUACAGCAUUGACGUCUACUUCCAAGCAUAUGGUCAGAAUAGCUCCACAAAGCUGAUGAUAAGAGUUGGUUUGAUUCUUGAUUUUUUCCAGGAAAAGCACCGACGUCUUAUACGAGUGAACGAACCAACCGUCUUUAACCUUGUAAGAGUCCUGUCAAAUGAAACCUUCAACGCAACGUUUCAAAUGAACCCAAGAAACGACCAGAAAACAUUCGAUUACAAUGUGAGAACCGUUCAAACUGAAACCAUGUACACAGAUGUGGGUCCCAAUCAGGCCAUUGCCGUGGUGGAUUAUGACGGGGUGCUAGAGGC